UUUCAUUGCCAGUGAAAGAAAAAAAUCUUAUAUUUGACGGAAGUUUAUAGAUUUAUAAUAUUUUAGUUUUUGCAUUUUUUACUGAUUUUACAAGCGCACUCAAUUGAAACAUAGAAAAUUUAAAUUGUGAAAGUUACCACGUCAACAUACGCGAUUGAAUUGUCAAUUUGCAGCGAUUUGUGACUUGAAUUCAGAAGAAAAAGUAAUAUGUGCAUUUUGAAGAAUGCCGAUUCAGGCGCCUUCAUGGACAGAUUUCCUCUUCUGUCCCAUUUGUUGCAAUGAGUUCGCUGUUAAUCAACGUCUACCAAUAAGUUUGGGAUGUGGUCACACCAUAUGUCGCCAGUGUCUGUCCACCUUACACAAUCGACAAUGUCCUUUCGAUCAAACUUCCAUAACAACCGAUGUCGACAAUCUGCCCAUAAAUAACGCUCUACUACAGUUGGUUAGCACUAACACAAAUACCAACAAUAACAACAAUGCUGGAAAUAUUAGCGAAAACCGAUUUAGCAGUGGGGGUAAUGACGGGGCCUCAGGGAAUGACGGUGAAACGAACACUUCCACCAGACAUACACCACCUAGUGUACGUCAGUUAAGUCCUGAAGAUUUAAAAUGCUAUAAUAUGGCGAACAAAUGUAUAGAAAGUUUGGCACUGUAUCUAAAAUCUCUUGUUACUAAUAAUGGAAAUUUCGGAAGUCCUCUUUCGCGUCCGAUGCAACGUAAACUUGUAUCUUUAGUCAAUACUCAGUUGAUGGAACGUGAGGGACGCGAACGUGUUUUGCGAGCUGCUCGUUCAUUGGGCGAGCGUACUGUUACCGAACUAAUUCUGCAACAUCAAAAUCCCUUACAGCUCAGUUCAAACCUAUGGGCAGCUGUUCGCUCUCGUGGUUGCCAAUUUCUGGGUCCAGCCAUGCAGGAGGAAGUUUUAAAACUGGUUUUGCAGGCUCUUGAAGACGGUACGGCAUAUUCGCGUAAGGUGUUGGUAAUGUAUGUGGUACAACGGCUAGAACCACGUUUUCCACAAGCCUCGAAAACUAGUAUUGGUCAUGUUGUACAGCUUUUAUAUCGAGCCAGCUGCUUUAAGGUAUCGAAACGUGAAGCAGACUCGUCACUUAUGCAAUUGAAGGAAGAGUUUCGUACUUACGAUGCCCUACGACGCGAACAUGAUGCUCAAAUCGUACAAAUAGCCACUGAAGCCGGUCUACGCAUAGCGCCAGAUCAAUGGUCUUCCCUUCUGUACGGAGACACAGUGCAUAAGUCACAUAUGCAAAGCAUUAUCGACAAACUACAAACGCCGUCCUCAUUUGCACAGUCCGUACAAGAAUUGGUUAUAGCUCUACAACGCACCGGAGAUCCGGCUAAUUUGUCAGGUCUAAGGAUUCAUCUGAAACAUUUAGCCGGUAUUGAUCCGUCUUUGGAAAGUCCGCCAUCAUCGUGGCAGGAUGUAGCUAAAGCAUUAGAAUCAGUGCAUGAAGUGGUGGUGGGACUAGUGGAUUUCGUACAACAUCACGGCAAUCGGAAGCUACAAGAAUGCACAGCGGGUCAAACAAGUACGAAUACCAAGUAUAAAAUAAGUUUAUGUCGAGAUUUGACAGUGAGACGUAACUGUCCACGUGGUUCCAGCUGCACUUUUGCGCAUUCUGAAGAAGAAUUGGAAAAAUAUCGUGCUAAGAAUCGUAAAAACACAAAGCCGGGUAGCAACGUUCCCCACUCGGUUAUAGGCCCGAUAACGGCUGGUAGUGCGAAUAGCUCAAACAAUAGCAAAAACGAUUUUACAUCGCAUACUCAUCCACAUAACCAUGGACACAAUCAACACAAUCCCCAUGCUAUGGUCCUGCUGCAUCCCGGAAAUGAUAAUUCCGCACCAGCCUCAACGGCUACGUCGCCAUUGAGAUUUGACAGUCUACAAUCGAUGCAUAACAAAUUACCUCGCGGCAGUUAUGGUGAUGCCUCGUCAUCAUUGCAAACGCACGGGCCAACAGGUGCACAUCAUCACAUGCGUUCAUUGCAUCAUAGUCCAAUUCCCCCUAAUACCGGUCAGACAGUGCCUACACCCCCUACUGCACAUCGUUAUGACGCAUCUGCUUUUGGCUCCACAUUAAAUUAUCCCGUAUCAACAACUGGAGUACCAUCACGUAUGCCUCAGGGUUUGGCAAACAUCAAUAACUCACCAAUAACGAUGCGAAAUUCUAGUGGCGGUAUACUUUCAUCAAGAUCUUUUCCAAAUACAUUGCAACCGCCGCCAACACAUACUCAUCAUCCCUUACCUCCGAAUAUGUCUACCAAUAACCCACCGAAAUAUCACAACAAUAACAAUGUGACCACAUCUUUGGGAAGUCCGCUAUCUAAUAAGGGAAUUUAUAAUGCAUUAUCUGCUGAAUUUUACAAUACACCGAUCAUGGGUACGAACACACGUGCAUCCUCUUUAUUUAGCAGUAAUCAAACUACAGCUGCUGGUGUUGCGGGAAAUAGUGGAGGUAUGAAUGGAAAGAAUAACGCAGAUAUAAAAGGUGAUAAGCUCAGGUUAGCCCAAAUUAGUGGCAUGUGGGAUCAGCACCAACAUCAGCAUAUGGUAAAUGCAUCAACUACCGCCGAAAUAUUAAGUGGAACUACCGGACUUGGAGGUUCACCAUCGCAUCAAUCUGCAUCACUGUACCCAUCCAGCGAUAAAGUGUCUAUAUUUGGUAAGAAAGUUAACAACGUCAACAUGAAUCUUAAUAUAACACUCAAUGGUCUUGCGGUCGCUGAUCAGUAUAUGUUCAAGAAUGAUUACGGCGGCGCAAACGCUGUUCUCCCAUCAUUGACUGGCAUACCAAAUAACAACAAAGAUAGUUUAAUGAGUAAUGAUAUACCAACUCAACGAUCUUUCUGGAAUGCGCAUAAUAGCAAUAUGGUUAGUGGUGGUAACUUUGCCGAUAGUACGCAGGAACGUAAUACAAUUGCACAUAAUAUGAGUAUAAAUGCGUCACCUGGACCAUUUCGUGAUCGUGAUAGUUUCGUACGUUCUGAUUCUAUAUUGGAUGACGAUGCCGCUACUUUUGAAGUGCCUGCAACAUCAGCAGGCAUGGGUAGCAAAUUUGGUCCCAUCUGUCCAAUGUACAAAGGACAUAGUAGCACGGCGGCCGAAGUUUCCCACACUAAUACAUAUCUUGAUAGCUGGAGUAGUGGCGAUAUUCGAAAUCAGACGGCAAACAAGGAACACCCAUUGUUGGAGCGAAGUUCUUCUGGCGACAUCAACUACUCAGUAUUUUCAAAUGAUACCGAGAACAGUCUGGCAUUGCAAUUUCGACAACAACUACAGCGCUCGGCAAAUGGUCAGCAGCAACAUCAGCAACGUUUACUCCAAAAUCAGCAGCAGCAGCAACAACAACAACAACAACCGCACAGACCAUCGGCAUUUGAUAAUUUCAAUAGCAUGCAAAACACGCUGCUGCCUGAUUUGUCAUUCAAUCACAGCGGUUUAGAGAGAGAUCGCACUUCCGCGGGCGAGGAAAGAGUUAAUUUUGAAUUAGGCUAUAAUGCGUUUCAAAGUAUGUUGGCCAAUGCAGACAGUAAUGCUAAUAUGGACAUAAAUAAGGGUUCCUCAAUGUGGAGCAGUGGCAUUAAAUCAGCGGAUGCAACUUUCUGGAAUGACGCGAUUUCCACAGCAGCUGCAAAAAACAAGGAAUUGCAGCUUCAACGGCAGCAGCAACAGCAACAAUAUCAACAAUUGUUGAGCAAAGGUCGGAACAGUGAGGAAGGCAGCAUUGAUAGUAGUCGAAUGAGAGAUAUUGAGCAAGAACUUUCGGAAAUCGUAGACAAAAGUUGGUCAAAUGCCGAUGACAGUGGUAUUAAGUUGCAAUAAAACUAAAGCUAUUGCAGGUAAGAUAGCAACAGAUCACAAUAGCAGUGUAUUAACCGAUGAAAACGGAACAACAACUGAAGCAAAUGGAGGCUCUUCAAACAAAAGAAAAAAUGAACAAAUGUGAUCAUAAAUUGUUUCCAUAAUUUACUUGCAAUAAUUUUGCAAAACUAUACGAAGUGAAUAGUAAUCAUCGGUCGAAUAUUACUAAGCUGAGCAACUUAAAACAUGCACAGACACUGAUCCUUUUCAACGAAGGUUGAUAGUAACAUAAACAAUACAAUUUAGAUAAUUAUGUGUUUUGAAAAGUAAAACUCACCCAAACGUGAGUGCAAAAAACACAAGUUAUCACAAGUUGAGAGGGCCAAAUAUCCCACUGCUGAUGUCACGACAUAUUAAGUAUAUUUCUCUUUAUUUUUAGCGAAUUUCUUGCAUUGGAAACUUUCUGUGUUCUGUAUAGUUUAGAAAUGUAGAUAGGAGACGGCUCUUUUACGCAUUAAUUGCAAAUUGCAAUAAUUAGAUGUGAGCCUUCUUGUGUAUAUCGUGUAGAAAACGUGUAUAGAAAUGUAAUGCGCGAAAAACAACUAAUUAUUAAUUGUAAAUGUAAAUUUUUUGUAUUAGAUAUUCUUACAAUCGAUUAUAAAAAUGAAUAGCGAUACUAAUAAUUCUGAAGACGUGAUCAAUAUGAAACUAUAUUUUAUAGACAUUUAAUGAGAACAAAAACUCAAAAAUAAUAUAUAAUAUUUUUGUAUAAAUGCAAACACUAAUCGCAUGAUGUCGCUUUUAUGCAGCCACACUACUCUACUCUUCUUUUUACACAUACAUACAUAUAAGAUGCCCAUCAGGAAGUAUAUAAAUAAAUAAACAAAUCAAUAACAAAAUUAGUUAAUAUUUAUGCGACAGCGUAUUAGUGCUUGGCCCACUGCUUUUACUUCUCUGACUGACAUAGAAAACGUCACUAUUAACUAAAAACAAAAAUAUAUACAUAUACACAUACAGAACAGCGUCUUCGCUGAGGUGAACUUAUUUUCCGCUGGGCAAAUUAACAUACACACAUAAAACACAAUAUUAUAACAAAGAAUACAUUUAAUAUAAUUAAAUUUAAAAUUAUUAUAUACAAGCAUAUAUCUACUAUAUAUUAUAUAUUUCUUAAAGAAAUUUAAAUUACGCUAUUGUGCGAUGUAAGCUGAGAUCAUAAUAUGACAAUGAUAAUUUUUUGAUGAAAUUGGUGUUUUUUAAAUAAUUACCUUUUUGUCUGAAAAAUAUGAUUAUGAAAUAGAAAAUUUAUACAUAACAAAUUUAUAAAACAAACGAAAAAUAAUAAAAAAAAAACAACUCUAUGUAUAUAUAAAAUGAUUAUAUAUGUAUGUAUAUGUACUAUACUUGAUAAAUAUCGACAAAUGCGUGAGCAAAACGAUGUUGUUUGUUUUUGACAUUGCUUUUAUCAUCCGUUAAUAGUCCUGCGCGUUUAGAAUUCUUUUUUUAUUGCUAGUUCGAUUAUGAUUCUGAUUCUAAUUGUAUUUGUAAUUGUUACCUAUUCGUAGGCGUUUAAAGAUUGCUCCUAUUUAUUAUUAUAAAUAUGUAUGUAGAAAAUGAAAGAAACUAUGUAGUUGUAAUAUAACUCAAAUUAAAUAUAAAUAACGUGAACAUAAAUAUAAUUUGCUAUUAUGCAAGCUUAUAUCUCGCCCAGUGUGAGUUAAACAAGCCGAUUGAAUUAAAGCAUACAAAAUGUUCAUGUAUUUGUGUAUACACAAACAUUUAAUAUUAUAUAUUAAAAGUUGUGUGAAAAUCACUCAAAAAAUAUAAUUCAUUGUUUAAAAUUCUAACCAAUGUUAUUGACCAUAUACUGAUCUUUGUUAAAAUUUCCCAAAAUGUAUCAAUAGUUAGUUCAAAGUUGAUGAGGUUAUCGAGUUUUCUAAUAACCAAUAGAUAGACAUUAAAAGACGUCGUAAGACUACAAGAUGCAACAGAUCUAAAAAUGCCUUAAACGGUUUUGUUUUGUAUUUGUUUUUUUUAUUUCACUUCAACAAUUUUAUUUUGUUUUUCAACUAAAUAACAUGUAUGUAUUUUCAUUGUUUUAAGGAAUUAAAAAAAUGAAUUCGCAAACAUUUUUUAUUAAUGAUUUAUGUAACAGCUUGAGAUUGUUGCUUAAUUGCAUUAUGUAGACAUUAAUAUUUUUAGGUUAGAAUACUAUAAACUCGAAAGAAAAAAAUAUGUUGCUUCAUUUUGUAAUUGUUCUUGUUGAACUUCAUUAUCAACUUAAUUAUGUAUGUAUAUUUGUGUAGCACCAAGCUAACUUAUAUGUGUGUUGAUUAAUUUUUAUUGUAGCAAAAUGGAAAAUUAAAACAAUUUAAAGAAAAUAUUAAAAAAUUAAAUAUCUUUACACAGAACAAUAUUUUAAGAAUAACUUAUCUAUUAUCACCACACGUAUGAGUUUGCUUUGUGUCACAAACAAUUAAUUAAAUUUUGUAUAUGAAUUUACCAAUUGUAAUAACUAACCUCAAAAUUCUGCAGUGCACCAGCUGCAAAUGUACAUACAUAUGAAUGUAUCAUAUUAUAAAUUCUAAACUUAGCACUUGAAUUUUAUCCUCUGCUAGUUAUUUAUGUAAUACAUUGCGUGUUAAGUUCAACAAAAAAAUAUCAACAUCAACUUUGAAACUCAAUUGAUAUGCAUUAUUGCUAAUAACGAUUCUUUGUACAUAAUUUAAUAAUUCAAACCACAUGUAUGUAUGUAUAUUCAAGAUACGAGAAAUUAAUUAUUACUCGAUGGGGUUCAAUACUUGCGACCCGUAAAGUAGUUUCUUUGAUUUUCGAUAUUUACAAUUUUUUUUUUUAUAAAAAAUCAACAAAAAGUGUAUUGUGAAUGUAGUAUUUAAUAUAAUAUAUAUUUUAGUAUAUUAUAAUAAAAUAAUGCAUAGUUAAAGAGAUGAGUGCAAACAAAUAAGUGAAUAAAUGGUGUGAACCAUUAAUGCUAACGCAUAUUGCUUACUACAUAGUCAAUAGUAAUGCUAUUGACUAAUUUAAUGAAACUGAUAUUCAUGAGUUUUGUGCAUAUAUACGUGUAUGUAUGUACGCUAAACAAAAACACCAAGAUUAAAUUGAAAUCAAAGCACUAGAAAUUCAAGUUUUAUUCCACAGGCUGUUUUAUCGCACAAUGUGCUGCCGUAUGCGUUUUUUAUAUAUAACAUAAGAAAUAUUUUAAGAAACAAAGUGAAAUUUUGCUUAAUGUUUAUUUAUUUUAUUUUUAAAUAAAAAUACAGCUGUUUGUGCAUUGUAAAUGAUACUAAGCUUUGAAAAUCUGUAUUAGUUUGUAAUAGUGCCCAACACAUCAGCACAUAAGCUCGUUUAAUUUGUUUUUUUUUUUUUUUAUUAAAAAAUAACAAUCAACUUUAGUAUACUGUAAAAAAUACAAUAUUUUUUGUACUUAAUAUCAAUAAAUACAUUUUAUAACAUUUAAAGAAGUUUGUGUCAAAGUUAAAAAAUAGCCUAUAUUUUUUAUAGCAACUUGCUGCAAGUAAUAUUAAACUUUUAAAAUAUACUCUAAUUCGCCUUAAGGCUACUUGCUUUUUUGUUUAUUUUUAUUUAUUUACUUGUUAUUUUUUUAAUAUUCUUUUCUGCGUACGGUGCACGUGCAGUGUGGUGUAGUUAUAACUUAAACCCAAUGGGUUCAUAAAGAAAUAAAAAAGUAAAUAUGAUUUAAAGCAUUAAAAAAACUUAACUUAUUGUUUUAAAUAUACAAUGAAAAAAACAACAAAAAACAUUUACAUACACAAAUUUAUAUUUAAAUAUACAAUAUACUGAAUGAUUGUUGGGAGACAAACAAAUCUACAACAAGGUCAAGGGAAAUGUAAAUGACUUUAGUAAUUUAUAAAGAAAUACAAUGUAAAUAAUAGUUGAAAACAUAAAACAUACAAUACAACACUGAACAAAUCAAAACAACACAAUAAUAAAUAAUUACAAAUGGAAAUGCAUCGGACAUUUUCAAACUGUGCAUUUCUAUCUGUCCUGCAAUUCAUAGAAAAUAAAAUAGUUUUAUCUA